AUGAAUUUUAACAUCACAGUUUCUGAAGAAGAUACUCGCUACAACAUUCCGGUGGUAGGACUUGGUACACCCUAUUUCUAUCUUAUUCAUAUCUUGACGCUUACUUGUUCAGUAUGCAGCAUCACAUCGGUACUUACUAUUCUUGUUAUAUCGUUUCGGUUUAAAACUGCACACACUUUCUUUAAAUCAUGGUCAAAGUGCGAACGUUUUGCCGUUUAUUUGGCUCUUUGUGAUGGUUUCCUUUGCUUAGGACAAUGUAUGGAUCACAUUCAAAUGGUCAUAGCUAAAGACCAUGUUCAUCCGAUUGAGCUGUGUGAAUUCUAUGGUUUCAUAACAUUCCUUUUUUGUGCUGCCCAAAUGUUUCUAGUAUCUAUCAUUGCAAUUAAUGCAUUUGUACUCAUGAAAUUUAGUAAAAAUAUUUUUCUUGGAAAAUAUGAUUGGAAGCUUUACUCGCUAAUGUUUGGAAUCCCGUUUUUUGAAUGCCUUGGUGCAACUUUUGCAGAUGAAAUCGGACCUAUCGGUGCCAU